GGCCAAAGCGAUAAGGUGAGUGAGUCAGCUUGGGAUCUUUGGUGGGGAAUUCAGUUGGGAACGUUGGACUGCGUAGUGAGAUUGAGUUCACUGGGUACGGUCAUCUAACAUCAUGGAAGAGUCAACAGACAGUGUGACUGUGACCAGGUCUGCUGAGUACAUCGGCUCAUUUCCUGUUGAUGACUGCUGUUUGGAUGAACAAGUUAAAAAGCUGCACUCGCAGCUGAAGUCCCUCAAGUACUACAAGCGUAGGCGCUACGUCUCCCUGAAAUUCUCCAUUAAAGGGGUGAAGGUUUAUAACGAGGAUGAGACGACUCUUCUGAUGGCCCACGCUCUGCAGCGAGUCUCGCUGUCCAUCAGCCGGCCUUCUGACUCUCAGUUUGCUUUCAUCGCCCACAAUCCCGGCAGCCCUGACACUCAGCUCUACUGCCACCUCUUCAAGGCCAGACACGCCAGAGCUGCCCAGUUCCUGAACCUGCUGCUGUGCCGCUGCUUCCAGCUAUAUUAUUUGGAGAAACAUCCAGAGGAUGCUGAAGACAAGUCAUCUGGGAAGAAGCCAACUCAUAACCCCUCCCUGCUCAACCAUGGUUUCCCGCUCAGCGUCAGUGCCCUGGUGUCCUUUCGCAGGGCGCCGACUCAGGGUCUGCUGUCGGUAACGAAGGCCGAGGUUUCUUCCAAACCCAGCAUGGAGUCUGUUAGCAGUCCAGACGAUGUCUUUCCCACAUCCCCUACACUCGUACGUAAGCAGGCCAUGAGGGAUAAAGUGCUGCGCUCGGGGGCUUACCGUUCCUUCACCUGCACCCCUGUAAAACAGCGGCACCUGCAGGAGCGCCUGAACGCUCCACAAGACAAGGGACAGGACCGUAUACCGGAAUUCAAGGUGCGCGCCCCAAGCUUGGCCGAAACCGAAGAAGCACUGGCUCAUGCCGUGUGGAUCUGGGCUGGCGUCUCUAGUGUCUGCAGCUCAUCUCUGCUUGCUGAAGAAGUCCUCGGUUCCUACUUGCUGUGUCCCCACCCCAAAGACCCCAGCGUCGAAUCUCUGCUCAUACGUUUUCCCUCAGGUCUGGUCAGUUUGGCUGUUAAGACCUCCAGCAGUGGAAGAUUAUUCCUUGAGAAUUGUUGUGUACAGUUUGAGAGUCUCACGGAGCUGAUCGAGCACUACACUGAGACCAGAGAAGAGCUGGAAGUGCCACUGAGUUGCACUCGUGUUAACCACUGUUACGAAUGGGAAGAGAGCAAAGUCCAGAUUAAGCGCUCACCACAAUGGAAAAACACCAAAAUUCAAUCCUGGGUUUAAAUCCUGGGUUCAGUGUUUUCAUCUGUGUAAAUAUCUCUAGUUUUAGACUCUUGACUCUUAAACAGGGACGUGUUCUAGUUUUUCAUCAACUUCUAUACACUUUUAACCUUUAAUCACACUUGACCUCUAAUGUUCUGCACUUCAUACACAAAACACAAGGUGAUCAUGAUUGUUUUUCUUUUUUUUUCCCUCAGGAGUAGGGGCUCUUUUUAAAAAAAGAUUAUAU